UCACUGAAGCAGUUCUGGAGACCAAAGACUAUUGUUUUACCAAAGCAGUGUGCUAGCAUGGUAUCAGCAGGAUUGCAGAUGCUGGGCAUAGCCCUGGCCAUCAUCGGCUGGAUCGGGGUGAUCGUGGUUUGCGCUCUCCCUAUGUGGCUUGUCACAGCUUUCAUUGGGCAGAAUAUAGUUACUGCGCAAACAACCUGGGAAGGAAUCUGGAUGAGCUGUGUGGUGCAGAGCACCGGACAGAUGCAGUGUAAGGUGUAUGACUCUAUGCUGGCCCUCAGCUCAGAUCUGCAGGCGGCUCGGGCCCUGGUUGUCAUCUCUAUCCUGGUGGGUGUUUUUGGAAUCCUGCUAGCGGCUGCUGGAGGGAAAUGCACCAACUGCAUCGAGGACGAGCGCACCAAGGCCAAAGUGGGCAUCAUUUCAGGAGCCAUCUUCAUUGUGGCUGGAGUUCUGUGUUUGAUUCCUGUCUGCUGGACAGCCAAUACAGUUAUAAGGGACUUCUAUAACCCUAUGACCGUCAGUUCACUGAAGAGAGACAGCUUUAACAUGGGGAGGAUUGCUAAAGAAGUUUCUGGCCAGAUCCUGUGCUUCAUUGGUUUUGUUGGCAUAUGUGUCUGCUGUGGCAUUCCCAUGUGGCGCGUCACUACGUACAUCGGUGCCAAUAUUGUCACGGGUCAGAUAGUCUGGGACGGAUUGUGGAUGAACUGUGUGAUGCAGAGCACAGGACAGAUGCAGUGUAAAAUCCAAGACUCAAUCAUGCGACUGACCCAGGACUUGCAAGCAGCACGUGCGCUGAUCGUCAUCGCAAUAGUGAUCAGCUUCAUUGGAAUGCUCUUGACGUUUGUGGGAGGCCAGUGCAGCAGCUGUCUGAAGAAAGAGUCCUCCAUGGCCAAAGUGCUGGUUCUGGGUGGGAUCCUGUGCAUUGUAGCUGGAGUCAUCUGUCUUAUUCCGGUCUGCUGGUCCUCAGCCUACACCAUCUCAGAUUUUCAGAGCGUUCUCACAAUCGAGACCCAAAAGAGGGAGCUUGGGGCAUCCAUAUACAUUGGCUGGGCCGCCUCAGGAUCUCUUCUGUUUGGAGGAAUCAUUUUGUGUACUUCCUGCCCACCAAGUGAAGAUAUGUAUCCAAAUUAUCCAGGCAUGUACCCCUACCAAGGACCUAUGUAUGGGCCUCCUGGAUCUUACAUGCCUGCCAAAACAUAUGCACCGAGUGCUGUAUAUACUGGAGCUUAUGUACCUAACAAACCAUAUCCACCCCCAACUUACUCACCUGUUCCAGGACAAUAUCUUUAGCUAGUGGACAAUAAUUUGAACUGACACUUUCUGAAUUUUUUUUAAUGUAAUCUCUAUAUAUUUCAGUGUUUGGUUAAAUUAAUGAAUGUAUGACAUGAUUGGAGUGUCUUAUUCUUUGCUAACCUUUGAAUGAAGAUGGUUUGGAAAAUCUUGUUUGUCCUCUUUCUCCUCUCCUUCAAGUUGUUCUACUGGUUGAGAUGAUGUAAUGCUAAUGAACUCUGUAUACUGUAUGUAUAUGUUUCAACAGAGUAGGUGAACUUUGCAAGUACUGUUGUGUUAUUCACUUUUGCAAAUCAUGCCAUUUGUGAAGUGUUUUUUUUUUUUUUACUUUGCUUCUCCGCUGGGGAAUAUUUUGACAAUUUGUAUAGCUUUGGAUCUUUACAUUGUC